GUGCCUGUGUGCGUGCGCGCGUGUGCGCGCGUGUCGUUCGGCAAGGGAGUGGGGGGCGAGUUCUGCAAACCGUUGAAUCACGGCGCACUGUAUUACCUUGAGCCCGUAAGAAAGUCACUGUUGUUGCGUUCAGCCUGAUUUAUGAGAGGGAGCUGGAGCUAUCUAACUUCUUGUCAGGGUGGCGUGUGAAAGUGGAAAUGGACUAACAAAUUUAAGCAUAUGUGAUGGCAGAGCUCCCUUCUGGACUCCUGGAGGCAUGUGUAGUGGUUGGGGCCUCCAGUGAUAAACUUCGAGACACAUACCAGCUUCACCAGCAGAGUAAGUUGACCGAACUCCCCGUGCUUGAGGCUGAGGUACUACAAGUCCACGCCCCGCCGUUUGUUUCCAAGGAGACCAACUCAAACCAGUCGAUUGGUCCAGCUUUCAGUCGUGUCCAGAGAAGGAGGAGCUUCAUCAAGAAGAAGAGGCGAGAUCGUGCUGCAGAGGUGUUAUCUAAUGGAGAAACAACCAGUCGUACUGAAGGGUCCUCAGCUACAGAGGAUAUCAGUGUUCCAAAGGAUCUGGACCUCAUUGCGCUGCCACAGCUCUGUUUCCCUGGUGGUCUCAAUUUGGCCAAUGAGCAGAGAGAGGACAGUUACCACUUCCUGGUUUUUACAGACCUUUUUGGGAACCGAACCCAUGGGGUCGUGGUGCAGUAUUACAGAGCUGUACAGUCUUGUCAGGAUGCUUCAGUCCAGAAUGGUCACAGGUGGAAUUCAGCCAAGUCUCGUCUUUAUACGCCGUUUGCAGUGUGCAUCAUCUCAAAGUUUCCGUACUACAACGCUCUGAGAGACUGCUUGUCAUGUCUCUUGGUCCAGCUGCGUCCUGCGAGACAAGCUGACUUUGAGGAGACAAUAAAGGAAUUUUCAGCCAAGCUGUCUCUGGUCCCUUUACCACCGCCUGGAAAGCUACAUGUGUCGUUCACUCUCCGUCCUCUCCAAGUGGUUCUUUCAUCGAGGGAGGAUCAAGACAGCCCUGUUAUUGACAUCGACCUGCAUUUACCUUUUCUCUGUUUCAGCCAUUCAACACUACUCCAGGUGCUGUCUUGCCUCCUUCAGGAGCAGAGGUUGGUUUUCUUCUCCUCUGACUGGGCCAGACUCACUCUGGUUGCAGAGAGUUUGCUGUUGUACUUGCAGCCUCUGUCCUGGCAGCACCCCUACGUUCCUGUCCUGGCUCAGGGAAUGCUAGACUUUCUGAUGGCUCCCACAGCCUUCAUGAUGGGCUGUCACAUCAGUCAUUUUGAAGAGGUGGCUGCAGAGACGGAAGAGCUAAUCCUGGUCAACAUUGAUGAUGGCAUCAUUCAGUCAUCAUGGUCUGAAACUGUUGACCUACCAGCUAUCCCUCUGGCUGCUGCUGAGAGCUUUAUGUCAAGGGCAGAGUGUCUCCAGCUUCACUAUGACUUGGAGAUGUGUCACCUCGGAGCGGGCACAGAUGCCAACGCUCUGCGAUCCCAACGCAGAGACUGGCAGGCACGGCUCAACACACAGAUACAAAACAUCACCCUGGAAUUAGUAGUCAACAUAUUCAGAGGCGUCCAGGACUUUUUAAACCAUGAACACAGAGUUUUUAACAGUGAGGAGUUUCUAAGGACCAGAGAGCCAGCAGACCAGUCCUUUUACAAGAAGGUGUUAGACACUCACAUCUUCCACUCAUUCCUGCGAGACAGGCUCAACAGGAAACGGGACACCUUCAGCCGCAUGGAGCAGAACACAAGAAACAGUGCACAUAGGAAUAGAGCGAUGACCGAGUCUCCUCGGCGUCCUCUCUUAUCUGAUCUGUCCAGGACUGGUUACAGGAGCUACGCCAGCCCUAAUGACAGACUGAGCAAAAGGCUGGGAGCCAGUUUGCCUAACCUGGAACAACCUGCCAAUGACACUUUACCUACAAUAAGGUCCAACAGACCAGGUUCUCUCAGGAAGAUGACUCCCGAUGCUGGUUUGAAGUUUCCACAGAAAGUCUUGAAGGUUUUCCGCCUCCCAGAGUUCCCCCCUCCACUGGCCUAUCAUUACGUCCAGAACUAUUACUCUGAAAUGGUUACUACCUUGGGAAAGGCUAUUAACUCAACACCACCUGAUGAGUCUGCUCUGCUGGCCAGGUACCACUACCUGCGUGGCUUGGUGAACACUGUGUCUAACAGACGUCUGGAUGCACUGGAGGACUUCCAGAGUCUUUAUAAGACUGACUCAGAUAUCUUCCCCUCUCAGAUGGUGAAGUCAUUGGUUGACUCUUUGCCAGAGGCUGAACGGUUACAGGCGGACAGACGGCCAGAACUGAAGCGGCUCAUCAGUCGGGUCAAAAGGGACCAGGAGCGUGAACGUGCGCGCCACAGCAACGGGCAUGAGGAAGGUGCCGUGAAGCGCUUCCAGCUGCCGAAGAAGUACAUGCAGCUGGAUGAGUUUGUGAAAUGUGUCCAAGAGUCUGGCAUCGUCAAAGAUCAAGGGACCAUCCACAGACUCUUUGAUGCUCUAACUGUAGGUCAUCAGAAGCAGGUUGGUCCAGAACUGUUUCGAGUUUUUUACACCAUCUGGAAGGAGACUGAGGCAGAAGCACAGGAGGUUUGCCUGCCAGCGUCUGUUUUGGAGCACAUUGAGCCCAGCGAGUGCGUCUUCAAGCUGUCCUCAUCUGUGAAGACAAGCCGUGGUGUGGGCAAGAUCGCCAUGACUCAGCGACGGCUCUUCCUGCUGACCGACGGACGCCCAGGAUAUGUGGAGGUGGCACAGUAUCGAGAUUUAGAGGAAGUGAAAGUGUCCUCUGCUCCCUUCCUGCUCCUGAGAAUCCCCAGCUUGAAGUUGCGAGUCCGAGGGAGGAAGGAAGCAUUCGAAGCCAAUCUGAAAACAGAGACUGAGCUUUGGAACCUUAUGAUCAAAGAGAUGUGGGCUGGGCGCAACAUGGCAGACCAGCACAAGGACCCCCAGCACAUGCAGCAGGCUCUGACCAAUGCCUUGUUAAUGGAUGCAGUGGUGGGCAGCCUUCAGAGCAGUAAGGCCAUCUAUGCUGCUUCCAAACUGGCUCACUUUGACCGCAUCAAGAUGGAAGUGCCGAUGAUGGUUCCCAAGACAACCGCAGAGACGCUGAAGCACAAAAUUAACCCCUCACUGGAACUGGCAGCUCCUCAAGCCAUAGAUGUACUUCUGUACACAUCAGGUCAGUUAUGGGUGGCCGUGAGCGGAGGGAAGGUGAUGGUGUUUGAUGCCUCCAGCUGGUCCCUCACACACACCUGCCAUGUUGGAAAUGCAAGACUGAACUGCAUGCUGGAAGUUGAUAAGGACCAGGUCUGGAUGGGCUCAGAGGACUCUGUUAUUUACAUCAUCAGCAUGGUAGCCAUGGUUUGUAACAGACAGCUGACUGAGCACAGAGCCGAGGUCACCGGACUGUCACUGGACAUAGACAAAUACAGCCAGAGGGUGGCGUACUCUUGUAGCGCAGAGGGAAGCGUCAUGGUGUGGGACAUCUCAACACUACAGGUGAAGAGGCACUUUCACCUCUCUUGUGACCGACUCCAGUCUGUCUCCAGCUGUAAUGGAACGCUGUGGUGCUGCUCCAGGGAAAACAUCAUGGAAGUGUGGAGGACCGGUUCAGUAAAACAUCGUCUGAAUCUGCCAGAGCAACAAAAAGGAUCCCUGACUACUUUCAGCUCUAUACUGCUGUUACCUGAGAGGGAGGAGCUGUGGAGUGUUUGUGUGGACUCAGGAGAAGUGUGUGUUUGGCAUGUUAAGGACACAACCAAACCGAUUCACCGGCUGUCUCUGCAGGACUGCACUGGGUGUUACUGCAUGAUCAAAGUUAAAACACAGGUGUGGAUCGGCGGUAUAGGACGCAGUUCUACCAAAGGAAAGAUUUACAUCCUGGACACAGAGCGCCACCAAGUCCUCAAGGAGCUUCACGGUCACAACGACAAGGUGAUGUCGCUCUGCUCAGCUGAGGAUCGGUACGUCCUCAGUGGAGCUGGCAAACACGAUGGGAAGAUCGCCAUCUGGAAGGUGGAGUAGAGCAGCUGAAGUUUUAAAGUUUGAGCCUCUACUGGAAACUACUCUGAGACGUCCUCUGGAAUAUAACAAGAAUCUAUGGGAAGUGGAGGGAUCUGUGUUUAGAAAAGUGGAGUAAAAACAGAUGUAUGAAAGACCCAAGCUCCACCUGCCCCUCACCUCUCAGUGAUAUGAAGGAAUCACAUGUCAGCCAUGUGAAGGAACAUGUUUACAUAAAGUGUCAUCAUCAGAGCAGCCUCAGCUGCCUGCUAAGAUGUGGUGAUUAUGAAAACUAACUGUACUAACAUUACUUUUUGGUAAUAUGAAGGACAAAUGUAGACUGAAAAAGCAAGUGCACAUUGUGCUGGAUAUUUUUUGAUCCAAAGUGCUCCACUUUACUGAAGGUUUGUCUUCUUUUUUAAACUUUGUAGCCUUCCUUAUUUAACACCUGCCCUGUUUUGUAUUAAGAUUGAUCACACUAGUAUUAUAUGGGAACAUUGUAUGACUGAGCUUCCCCUCCAGCUGUGGUGGUUGCCUGAGCUCCUGCUGCUCAAAGGAGUCAAACUACCCUAAAAACAACACUCCUGUGACUUGAGAUUUCAGUCAUUUCGUGGGAAAAGCCCUGAAAGAAUGUUGUUUUGAUGGAAGUUAUGCAAUAAUGGACUUUGUACUGAAGACAGAAAAUUCAAUGGUAGAGGACCUCUUUGAACUUCUAGCAAAUUUACAUGUGUUAUAGAGCAUCUCAAUAAACAAGUUAUGCCCUGAACAACUGGAACAAACAAGAAAGGAUAUUAUUGAGUAAAAAUGCACUCUUAUUGUACAUUCCUCAUCAUUUUACCUCAAAGCUUCUACAGUUUUAUUUAUUACCCUAAAGGAUGAGUUUAAUCUGAUUGCUACUUUAUGAAAUAAAAAGGGUGAAUGUCGUCACACAACGAUUGCCAAUCAUAAUCAAGGAACUAAACUAAUAAACCAGUAGGUUUCCCUAGAACAAAAAGCCUGAAGCAUGCAAGGACAUUUUGUUAUUUAUGUCAAAAGAGCGUGCUAUUAAGUGCCUGCUAUUAUUAAAAUGUAUUUAUAAUUUGUACAUUUUUGUGAAGGAUUUCUGAACUGUGCUGUUAUUUGGAGGAGUUUCUGUAUAAUCUAAGUAAAACAAGACUGAGUGGAUUUUUUUAUUCAAAUUCAGUUUUCUGUUUUUCUUUCACUGCAUUUAUUUUCUUCUGAAAGUUUCCUGGACUUUCCAACAGUCAGUUAAUUUUCCAUCUUUCACAAAACCCUUCACAAGUUGGAUCAUUUUGGAUCGAGACUCAAAGGUUCAACAUAUGUUUUAAGUAAUGUAUUUAUAAACUGUAUAUAAAAUUUAAAUGGACAAAAAAUGGUUGCUGUUUUAACCCUAACUUGUGGCAAAACAUCACAACAGAUUAUGUAAUUUUGUUAUGAAUGCUGACUUUAUUUAAGACUUCAUAUCAAACUGUAUCGUCAAGACUGUUAACAAAAUUUUUGUAAUAUUAAUCCACAGUGAACCAAGAAAAUACACACAUAAAAAGUCUUCAGAUUGUCUUUCAUUUCCAACCAGAGCAAGUCCAGAGUUUCUGUUUCUGUCAGUGCUUCCUAACAAUAAAUGGGGAAUCAGACCGAAUUUUUCUGUUAAGUAGUGAAAAACUGAUUUUUAAUUAAGUAAAAUAUCCUUGUUGACACAAAGUCUCAAUUUGACUGGUUACUGUCAUGACUAGAUAUUUCUUCACCUACAGGUCAAUGUAGUUCGGGACUAUAUUGUUAAGUUGAAUACUUAACUAUUCAGCAAAGCAGUCUUAGAGUUUGUAGGUAUGCAUUUAUUGAUUUUUUGACAGUACUCAUCCCAGAGCUUCAUACUUGAUGUUUAAUUGAUAGUGUCUUAAUUGAAACUCAUCCCCAUGUUUUUGUACUUCCUUGACUUCACCAUAUGGUGGUGCUGUUUGAAUACAAGAGGAUGUUUUCUGAUGAGUGAAGCUGUAGAUUGUUUUGUAGAUCUAAAUCUAAAACAUCAGUUAAAAUUGCUGCAUGUAAUGGUUUUCUAUAAUAAAUAGAUGUAUUUUGCUGACAA